UGGCCACGCCCCACUCCCAGGCAGGAUGGAGGCGUGUGUGAUGAAGCCAGAAGUCAAAAAGAAACUAGAGCCGCCAAAACCUCCUCCAAAGCCUGCAGAGAUAAAAAGAAAUGACCCAGAGAGACUGGAGAAACCGACUCCUCUAGUGCCUCAACGACCUACAGAUGCUGAACUGACACAAUACUGGAUAAAAAGAGCUGCAAAAACAAACAAUGAGGGUGCAGAGUCGUUACACAGUGAGCUCUCUGCCAGCACUGGCAGCCUGUCGGAGGCCAAGGAGAAUCUGUCGGCACAGAAACAUCUUUCAGCCAGCAAUGACAGUCUGUCUGAGGCUGCCAACACAAAGGAGAAAGGAGAUGCGUUUGGUGGAAUAUUCAAGAAGUCGUCCAGACUUGCACACAGCCCUCCCACAGAGGAAGACGAUGAGCUCUCAAGCAGCAGUGAAGCUCUGUCUGAGGACAACACCAAGAAAAAAGGAGGAAUAUUUAGUGGAAUAUUCAAGAAAACUCCCAAACCUGCAAAAGUUGCUCAACCUGAGGAGGACGAGUCUUCCGACAACGAGCUCUCAACCAGCAACGAGAAUUUAUCUGAGAACAAACAGGUGAAAGGUGGAGGGUUGUUCAGCGGACUCCUGAAAAAGACUCCCAAAGCGUCUGGGGAAAGGACACCGGACAGGGAGGCUCAGAAAGAGCUGUCAGCCAGCAACGACGACCCGUCUGAGAAUAAUACGACAAAGGAGAAAAAUAUUUUUGGCAACAUGUUUAAGAAGCCGCAGAAACCAGCAGAGGGCGCUGCAGCAGACAAGGAGCUGGAGGUGAACAGUGAAAAUCAGUUAUUUGGUAGCUGUGAGAAUCUGUUUGAUACCACCGUCCCGAAGGAGAAAAAAGGAGGCCUGGCUGGCAUCUUCAAAAGAUCAGCCAGCAUCGACAGCCUGUUUGACGAGGAAAAAGGCGGGCUGUUCAGUGGACUUCUUAAGAAAACACCCAAAGUGUCUGGAGAUGAGGCAGCUGCAGAAGACAAAGAUGACCAGAAGGAACUGUCAGCAAGUAAUGAUAGUCUGUUUGAAAACAGCAACACUAAGGAGAAAGGUAUUUUCAGUGGCAUGUUUAAGAAGACUCAUAAAUCAGCAGAGGGGACUACAACAGAUGAGGAAUUGAACACAGGCGAGGAUAAGAAGUUAUCGGCCAGUUGUGAAAAUCUGUUAGAAGCAACCACGUCAAAGGAGAAGACUGGAGGACUGGCAGGGAUCUUCAAAAAGUCUCCGAAACCAGCUCCACGCUCGAUCGCUACUAAGGAUCCUCUCAGUGACACAAAGGAACUGUCCGCCAGCUGGGACAGCCUCACAGAAACUGCCGAGGAUGAUCUUGGUGAAUUGUCAACCAGUAACAAUAAUCUUUCUGAAGUUACAAGCACCACAAAGGAUAAAAAAGGAGGGUUUGCUGGAAUUUUCAGGAGGACGCCCAAAACAGUUGAACACCAGGACGUGGAGGCACCAGAAGGAGGUGGGCUGAGACGCAGGACAACCAUCAAGAAAAAAACACGAGUUGUAUCAUUCCGAGUCAGAAAAACUCUUCCCAAAAUACCCAAGCUUAAUCUAACUUCACAGAGUUCAGACAAGAUCCCUGUUUUUGAGGAGACUGUUGAGCUGCAGGAUCUGAACCCAGCGCAGGAGAGCACAGUGGAGGUCCAGCCUGUGAAGAUGGCAGCUUACAAUACUGAAGACAACCCUCUUGAAUCUGAGCAGGAAAGUGAUGAGUUGAUGGAGUGGUGGAACACCGUCAAAGGUUGGACGGACUGGAAUGAGACAUCCAAUUUCCAGGAAGGGGAUGAGGAAAUGGCGAUGGAGCAGGCAGCUGAUCGUGUCUACAUGGCAGCUCGUCUGUUUGUGCAUCUUUUCAACCAGCGGGGGGCGUCCUUACAGCAUCGCAUCCUGGAGCUUUUGGCUCUGGCCGACGCUGCAGAUCAAUUCCACAAAAGAACAGUGACAGCUGCUGUGGGUGGAGGGGUGGCCAGUGUUGCAGGCAGCGUGGCAACAAUCACAGGGCUCAUUCUGGCGCCUUUCACUUUUGGUGCCUCUAUUAUUGUCACAGCGGUGGGGAUUGGCGUGGCGACAGCGGGCAACAUCACGGCAGCGACAGCCAAUAUCACAGAUACAGUUCACUCCAGCAUGGACCGCAAGAAGGUGGAGAAGAUGAUCCAGAGCUAUCAGGAGGAGAUCAAAGACAUCAGAGAGUGUUUGGAGUUCGUACAGGACGGUAUGGACACCCUGCAGGAGUGGGACUUUGAGAAAUACUCAGAGAGUGCUGCCAAAAAGGCUCUGAACCACAACCUCAAGCAUGUGAUGAAGGAGGGCGGCCGUGCCGGAAAAGCCUUGAUGAUCAACACCGAUAAGCUCAUCAGCACUGUGCAGGUUUUAGGCGCUGCAGGCGGAGCCGCCAGAGCUGCCCAGGCCAUCAGCGUCACCACAGGUGUCAUGUCGGCCCUCUUUCUCGCUCUGGAUGUUUUCUUCCUCGCCAAAGACUCCCACGAGCUCCACAAGGGCGCCAAAACUAAGUUUGCCACCAAGAUCAGGGACGUAUGUAAAGAACUUCAAGAAGGCCUCCUGGAGCUGAACAAGGUGAAGACACAGCUGCAGAAGACCAUGGACGGCAUUGAGGUGGAGGAGUACGAGGAGAUUGAGGAGGUAGAAGUGGAAGUUGACGACGAUUUGGAGUCGGAUCCAAAGAAGCUGGCUGAGCUGGAGCAGGAGCUGGACCUCCUGGAGGAGAAACUGGACAAGAAGGUCGAGGAGGAAGAGCAGAAGAAGAUUAAAGAGAUGGAGAAAGAAAAUUUGAAAAGAAAGAAGGAGAAAAAGGAGGAGAAGAGCAUGAAGGAAAAAGGAGAGCCAGAGGAAAAGAAGGAGAAGGAGGAAACAGGAGAAAAGGAUGCUAAGAACGAGGGAAAAAAGGAAAGUAAGAAGGGAGGAAGUGAGGGAGAAAGCAAGGUUGAGUCAAAAUUAGAGAAGAUUUCUGAUGAGGAAAAAGAGCAGAACAAUGAGACAGUCAAAGCAGCCAAAGAGGAAGUUUUAAAUGAACAAUCUCAGAAACAGAAGAAGGACAAAGAAACUGAGAACCGAAUUACAGCUGGAAAAGAAAUAUAUGAGAGCAAGCAAGACAAGGCAAAAGAAGACAUUAGUACAAAUAGAAAGGCAGACGAAAAGGAAAAAGAGAAAAAUAAGACUGGAAAAGAACACAAGGAAAUUAAGAGCAGAUCAGACGAUUCAAAACGAGAGGACCGGAGUGGAAAAGCAUAUUCUGAGAGGGUCAAAACAGAGAGAGAAAGCGAAAGGAGUAAGAGCAGCAGAGAGGAUGAAAGAGUGAUGAAUAAAGAGAAAGAGGCAGAAAGUGGGAGUGCAAGGAGGCACAGCAGCAGGAGUGACAAAGAUAGACCCCACAGACGUGAAAGAGGGAGCAAACACGAAAAUAAAGAAACCGAGAGAUGCAGCAGCAGAGACAGAAAACAAAGUGACAGGAGGGAGAGCAAGAGGAGGACAGAGGAGGACAGAGGAGUGAGGGACUGGAGAGCAGAGAUGGCAAAAAGUAGAGACGAGAAGAGAGAGAGCAAGGAAGGAAGAGAAUCUAAGAGAGAGACAGAGAGAGGGACAGAAAGGGAACAUCAUGGAAAAAGCAACGUGAGCAAAGAGUCACAUCGAAGCCACGAAACGGCGACGAGGAGGAAGCAUUCGGAAAGAGAGUGGGGGAGCAGCAGGGAGGAAUCUGACUCGAAUAGGAGUCACCACAGGAGAGGAACAGCCCCGCAUGAUGACCGGAGGGAGAGAGCAGAUGAGAAACGAGGGAGCAGGAUUGAGAGGGCAAAGAGGCAGUUUGAGAGAGCAGGGGGUGAGGAGGAGGAGGACAGGGGGAAGAGGAAAGAGGAUGGACAGAGUCAGGGGAGGGACAGAGAGAGGAGAGGAAGUGAUAGAGGCAGAGAGCACCACAGCCACCGAGGAGCUCGACCACGAUCCAACGCGCUGCUGGAAGACGGACUGAAUAUUUAAUUUUAAAGAUGUUAUCUUUUACAUUUCUAAUGUGUUCUAUGUUUGGAUUAUUUUAAGUCCAACUUGAAUUUGACUGCAUGAUGAUGGAGACCUUAUUUUUUCCAAUACAGCCAAUCAAAUCUUGCAUAAAGCAGUAACAUCAUCAGUCCUAUCGUAGGCAGAGUUGCUACACAACACAAGAAUUAGCACAACACAUUAGCUUUACUGCUAAAUUCUCCUUACAGACUUCUUAUCCUGCACAUUUGCUGCUAACGUCAGUUUGCAGGAUAGAUAGCUAAUUAGCUGCGGCACAUUAAACAGCAUGUAAACAUACCUGCAUAUGUCACUUGGGUCUGGUGAGAUGCUGUUGUGGUUCUUACUCUUCAAUACCACUAACAACAAGCUGUCUGCUCAUGACAUGUAGGCUACAGAGAGCCGAGUUUGUUUACUUUGUCACCGACACUCUCAGACCGUUUUUUUUUUUUCCUUUUAACAAUACAAAACAAUACAUUUAAAAAACACGUUAUCAUUAUUUUUUACUACAAAAAAGGAUGACUAAAUGUGAUUUCAGUUUGACUUUAACACAAUACUCGUACAAAAUUUCCUUUUUGCGUUUUCCUUGACAGUGUUUCCUUGCCGAGCUGCACCGGAGGGAAAUUGCACACUUGUAUUUGUCCGUCUUAUGGGGAGUGAAUAUUCGUAUAUAAGAGAAGUUUAAUCUGGUCUGACCGUGGUGAAAAAGUUUCUCACAGCAGAUACUUUGACUUGUGAAAUACAGGUUUAACUAAUAAUAUUAUUAUUUAAUGCACUGGACUGCAAUAAUUGCUGGAAUGGAGCCAUCAUUAUUGUUAUCAGCACCUGUCUGUGCUUUUCCUGCUAAGUCAAAUGUCUGCUGUGAAAAAGGAAGGUGAAUCUGAGGCGAGGCUAUCAAGAUUCAAGUUUGUGAGAUUUACUCAGAAACAAAAUGUAAAGUAGGACAGACUUUUGACAGGGAAGAAAGGCAAGAACAGACCAGUUUUUCCAUUUCCAAAGUAUGAAGAAGCCUGUCUUCACUUUGGAUUUCUAUCUCUUGAGUCCACUGUGAAUCUAGCAAGAGAACUUUGUGUGCAAAAAGUUUAGACUGUUUUUUUGACAGAAACUAAUGAAAAACAUUUGUUAAUAUUAAAGUAUGACAGCCUCACAUUAGCUUCAGCUGAACUUUGGAAGAGGACUGCACUUUGUUUUCCAUCUCUUACACUGUGGUUGCACUACAAAGGUUAUCUCUUCACGGCCGAAGAGAACAAAGACCCCUUGUGUAGAAAUGUUAUGUGAUUAUGGCCUCUUUCUAAUUAAAUAUCUGCUAUUGUAAAGUAUUUGUUUGUCGAAAGCUGAAGUACUACCACUAGGAGUCGCCAAAGUUAGACAUUUUCAAAUCUUGUACAUACAGUAGGAGCUCUAACAUCUGCCUCCUAGCUGCUUUGUAAAAAUGCUUUUUGCCACAGUAUCUUUAAAGAAAUCUACAAAGCAGAUUUCCUGCUAAAUCUGAACUGAAUGCAAAUGAUGUAAAAUACAGAGUAGAGGUUGCUAGUAUUUUGUUAAUGCCUCAUGAUAAUUAUUUAUUGAUAUUGUGAUAAACAUAACAUCUUUUAAAUAUAUAUUUAAAACCUUAACCUGUGUUUCUGAAACAUGUUCUGGUGAUUCAGGUUAAAACUAGACGACCCCCCUACUGUUUAAGUCCGUAUUGUGCCUUUGCAUACUGUGUGUGUAUGGUGUGUUUAGUGCACCUGUGUUUUUUAUUUCACUGAAAAGGCCAGUCUGUGUGUGAACAUGCUCAGGAGAAACAGGGAAUCUUUUCAUGCAGUCUUUUUAUUUAAGGCAGGACAAAAACUUGUUGUGGGAAAUGUACCAGGAUGACAGAAUAAUAAUGACUUAUUAAAAUCAUGUGGUACAGUUCAUUUUCACUCAGUGCACUUUAACCAGGCGUUGCCUCCUUCAUGUCUGUGCUCAAGUUUUAUGUCACUGAUUGAUGUUUCUGGAAUAUUGUACAAUGGUACACUUUGUCUGUAGUUAUCACUGUUGUCUGAUAUUUUAUAUGUUCACUGUACUGUAUUUUUGUGCUGGUUUAUUACUGAACAAAUAAAUAGAGUUGGAAUGUGA